AUGACAAGCCUGUCGAGGUUUAGUGGCUGCCCUCUUUCUUGCGUCAACCCCGGGGAGAGCAAUACUGAACCCAGCGUGGUGCUGCCACCUUUGGCAGGGGAGCACAUGGGGCACCCCACUGGCAGUUCCUUAAAACUCUGCCCCUCGCACAAUUUGCGAGACUACCACGAGACGAGGUCCAGUGCAUAUGUUGACCAUUCGGUUCCCCAUUUUGCAGACUCUGGAUACUCCAGCCACCGGUUAGAGCACAGCCCUAGGGGUAUUAUCAUUGGAGCCAAUCUUUCUGGAGCCGGAAUGCCACCCGUCACUGAUCAACUGGCAUCAAGAAGUAACCAACAUGGCGGGAUUGGAAGGUAUCGUGACCUGCCUAGCUAUAGAGAUAGCAGAAGCCAUGCUUUUUUCACCGCAUAUCACGAGCAGGCCCAUGGUUCCUCCGACGCAACCCGAGAUCUCUCCGGUCAAGUGAUGUUGGGUCUACCUGGGGACCUCCUCACCCGGACGCACCCUUAUGGCCAGAGCAUCAACGGCCCCAGGGGAAAUAGCCAACAACUUGUUUCUCAGUUCCUGGGUCUCUACAAACCGCUGAACAUGGCAAUUCAGCGUGGAGGGGGUGACGCUUUCCUCAGGUGCUCCAGACAGAAUCUGAAGCACGAACUGGUGUGUAAGUGGAGUGACAGCCAAGAGGGGUCGGGGAAGCAGCCAUGCGCCAGAACUUUCGGGACUAUGUAUGAACUUGUCACCCAUGUGACAGUGGAACAUGUCGGAGGACCAGAGCACUCUGAAUACAUGUGUUACUGGGAGAAUUGUCCGAGGGACAGAAAGCCUUUCAAAGCCAAAUACAAGUUGGUGAACCACGUCAGAGUCCACACAGGGGAAAAGCCAUUUCCCUGCCCUUUCCACGGCUGUGAAAAAGUUUUUGCAAGAUCAGAGAACCUCAAGAUUCACAAGAGGACACACACAGGUAUGUAACUAUUAGUGUAAAUAAUAAUAAUGAUAAUAAUAAUAAUAGUAAUAGAAAUUAGCUAACAUAAAAGUUGGCAGAGAAAGAUCUAAUCAAUUAUCAAAUUUGCCAAAAUCUUGUAAAUUUUGGGGGGCUAAAUUUACUCGGAGAAAAUAUUGAUAACCUAAUUUAAACCACAUUUUAAAUGUUUAAUGUUAUAUUUUACUAAAUUAUAUUAUUAUAUACACAAGUUAGAUUGUGUAACACAACUCAGUCUUAUCUCUAUGUAUAAUGACACUAUAAUAACAUUUUAUAGUGCACAAAAAUAUUAGCAAAAGCAAUUGUUUGAACAAACUUUUGAUUGUUUUCAAUGACAGUCACUGUCUGCCAUGCCAGAUUUUUUACAAUUAAAAUGUGCAUAGUCUAUUAUUAUUUAAAGAAAUUAUAUUAUAAUAAUAAUAAUUGUUAUUAUUAUUAUUAUUAUAAAUAUAAAUAUUUUUUUAUUAAUAUCGUCAUAUUGUCGUCUGUGGUUGUCAUUGUUUAUGUUGUUCGUGGUGCUGUUGUUGUCUGUGUAGUUUCUAUAAUAUGGUUAUGACUUUAUAGCCUGUCAUUAUUGGUGUGGUGGUAGUUGCACAGGAGAGAAGCAUGGGCAACUGCAAAUAGUAGGACAGAAGACCUGUAGUACUACUGCUGCAAACAAGUAGAUUUCAGGCCCAUUUGUUUGGGUGCUUUGCCCACUCUUGCGCUUAAAUAAAUAAAUAAAUAAAUGCCGGGACACCGGAGAGUUGUGACGUAGCUUUUAAGCUUCGCUCAGUUGCAGCCCCAGUAGGGGGACUCCUCUCUGCGCAGGCGCAGGAACAACGCCAGACGUACUGUAGUAGUAGAACACAGCAGCCAAGUAGGUUAUGACGACACAGGUUAUGUUGUUAUGUAGGUUAUGUUAUAGACAACACAAUGCCUUUGUAGUCUGAUCUCUGCUAAAUUUCACAGAGAUUAACAGGAUUUAAAUGUUAAAGUGCAGUGAAAAUAUAGGUCGUAGAUAACUGAACACAGUUUAUGUUGUCCUUUAAAAAAAAUAAAAGAGUCGAAUGCUUCCUUAAAGAGAAAUGUUGUGUGGACAAAAAAUUAUUAAUAAUGAUGUCGUUGGUAGCCAGAGUUAUCUAAAUCAACACACAGAGAAAAACCUUCAGUGACAAACUUUUAUGGUAAGAACCCUUAAAUGUUAUACAUGCCAAUGCCACGUUAUAGCAAACUUUGCUGUGAUGUUAAAAUGUAGGCCUACGUGACAACAUUGAUUUUGGAUUGAAUGAAUAGUAUCGUUUUAAUCGAAUUAAACAGUAAAUACAGAUGCAUGUAUGGAAAUAUUAAUAAAUCACAUUUCUAAUAAAUGUUUGUCUGGGGAAAAAUAUUAUUUUAGAAAUAAAUUAUGGUUUGUUGGGACUUAUUGAGACGAGAAAACACAUUAAUAACAAGGGUCAGACUUGGAGAGAUCGACGGUUUGACAUAUUCCUUGGUAGAUGAUGGGCCUAUUUACUGCAGCCUUGGGGUAAAUCGUUGACGAUAUGAAGGGAGUUUCGUGGGUAUGGUAAACUUCUAUGGGAAUGAUCUGUUCCACUUCUUGCCAUGUUGAUUAUCUUCAUGAUUAUCUUCGUCAUAUCUUCGAUACACUUUUCGACAGAAGUGUCAGUUUAGAGUAGUUUUUGGGGCAUUUUCCGUGUAGGCCUAUAUUAAGCUACAGUUUUCAUUAAAUGUUCAUUACGCUUUGUGCAAUUCUACCCUUUAUUCAGGGUUUAGGCCUACAAUCGAAGUUACGGUUUAGGGGUUAUAUUAAGGUUAAUAUUAAGCCUAAGGUUAGUGUAAAGACAACACAACUGUCUUAAAACAUGAGCAAGUUUAAUGUAUGCAUUCACAUGAAUUGUAAUUGCACAUUACCCAGGGAUAAUGAACCCAAAACUCAAAUCGACAUGACUUUCUAAUAUUUUAAGAAUGUUUUGGAAUUAGGCCUAUAGGCCUACACACCACUUGGUCAUAAACUCCCAAUUAUCAUCAUUUCGAUCGUCACUUCUUUAUGUGCAAAUGUAUAACAAUAUAAAUGUAAGUUUAGAUGAGUUCACAAGCCUAACCUAGAGGUUUAGUACACAUCAGGCACCAACCAUAUCGUAACACGCGGUCAUUUCUCUCUUUGCACGUUUAGGUGAAAAACCUUUUAAAUGUGAGUUCGAGGGCUGCAAUCGGAGGUUUGCUAACAGCAGCGACAGAAAGAAGCAUUCUCACGUGCACUCCAGUGAUAAACCCUACAUGUGCAAGGUCAGAGGGUGUGAGAAGUGUUACACCCACCCAAGUUCCCUCCGGAAGCACAUGAAGCUCCACUGCAAGGUCUACAGCGCGAAAAGCAGCGAUGGGCGCGAGGGGGACGGGGAACACCUUGCAGAGGCCAGGUCACCUGACGUAACGGAUCAAGCCGAAACGGCCGUGUCCACCACCGUGACGCACCCUCAGCCGCCCACCUCCCAAGAGUCCUUAUCCCCUGAGCUUCAAAACGAGUCGACUCUGAGGUCACGUUUCCAUCACACAUUCGACAAUAGUUUGGACUACUCCUCACAUAGGUCGCAGGGCCUCUUGGAUCCAUUGUUGAUACAGAGGAGCGGUUACAGACCUGAGCCCACCCAAUACCCAUGCAGCCAGGCAGGCCACAGUUUCGCCCAGAGCUCCAGGACAUUUUCCACUGCCUCACCCUUUCAGAAAAGUAUUGUCAAUGGGUGGUAUACGUGCCACAGUGGCGUGGACGCUUUCUCACCAAAGCAGUGUAAUAACAACAUAUCAUCCAUUUGA